AUGCUGGAUGGGUCCCUGCUGGCGCGCUGGCUGUCCGCGGCCUUCGGGCUGACGCUGCUGCUCGCCGCGCUGCGCCCUUCGGCCGCCUACUUCGGGCUGACCGGCAGUGAGCCCCUGACCAUCCUCCCUCUGACUCUGGAGACCGAGGCAGCAGCCCAGGCGCACUACAAGGCCUGCGACCGACUGAAGCUGGAACGCAAGCAGCGGCGCAUGUGCCGUCGGGACCCGGGAGUGGCCGAGACGCUGGUGGAGGCCGUGAGCAUGAGCGCGCUGGAGUGCCAGUACCAGUUCCGAUUUGAGCGCUGGAACUGCACCCUGGAGGGUCGUUACCGCGCCAGCCUGCUGAAACGAGGCUUCAAGGAGACCGCCUUCCUGUACGCCAUCUCCUCGGCGGGCCUGACGCACGCGCUGGCCAAGGCGUGCAGCGCAGGGCGCAUGGAGCGCUGCACGUGUGACGAGGCGCCGGACCUGGAGAACCGCGAGGCCUGGCAGUGGGGCGGCUGCGGAGACAACCUCAAGUACAGCAGCAAGUUCGUUAAAGAGUUCCUGGGCAGGCGGUCGAGCAAGGAUCUGCGAGCCCGAGUGGACUUCCACAACAACCUCGUGGGUGUGAAGGUGAUCAAGGCUGGGGUGGAGACCACCUGCAAAUGUCAUGGUGUGUCUGGCUCCUGUACAGUGCGGACCUGCUGGCGUCAGCUGGCACCCUUCCACGAGGUGGGCAAGCACCUGAAACACAAGUACGAGACGGCACUCAAGGUGGGAAGCACCACUAACGAAGCCACGGGCGAGGCAGGCGCCAUCUCCCCUCCGCGCGGCCGGGCCUCCGGGGCAGGCAGUGGUGACCCACUGCCCCGCACGCCAGAGCUCGUACACCUGGACGACUCCCCCAGCUUCUGCCUGGCUGGCCGCUUCUCCCCUGGCACUGCUGGCCGCCGAUGCCACCGGGAGAAGAACUGUGAGAGUAUUUGCUGUGGCCGCGGCCACAACACCCAGAGCCGGGUGGUGACAAGGCCCUGCCAGUGCCAGGUCCGCUGGUGCUGCUACGUGGAGUGCAGGCAGUGCACACAGCGAGAAGAGGUCUACACCUGCAAGGGCUGAUCCCGAGGCCCGCCGGCCCUUCCACAGAGGGUGUGGGCAUUGCACACAGUGCCAGCAGAAGUCUACACUUGCGGGGGGGGGGGGGCUGAGCCCCUGGACCCUGCCAGCCCUGUUGUGUGGGUGGAGGUAUUGCACACAGUGCGAGGGGUCUGCACCUGCAUGGAGUGAGCCCUGUUGGUCCACCCAGCCCUGCUUCAUGGGGCGUAGGCAUUGCGUACGGCACAAGGGAGUCUAUGCCUGCAGGAAAUGAGGGGUUCUCCCAGCACAUUAGGACCCUGGCGUGCAGCAGCUGGUCACCUGUCUGGGUUGGCUGUCUCCCUUCCCAAAGGCCCAGAGGUGGGGCUGGUCCCUGUCUGGCCUCCCAGCCCCCUCCGCUUGUGCCUUGGGCCUGAGCUCCCUCCCCGACCCGAGAGCGUUGCAGCAAUGCUUUCUGAGUUGUCUCUGUCCCUGGCACGUGAGUCCCUGGAGUGUGGCCCUUCUCAGGGACCAGUGUGUUGACUGGCCCUUCCUGCCUCCUGGCUCCCUCUGAGGCUUGGAGGGCGGGUGCACCUUCGUGACCAUGUAGCUGCCCGUGGGGACCAGGCUUAGACUGGCACCCCGUAUCAGCACUGCCUUCAAAGAGACAGACCACUAGGAUGGGACAGCCCGCUCUGUCUCCAGGGCCCCCUGCACAGGCAGGAGGCACUGAUGCCCUCUGACCUUGAGCACUUCCUUGGAGUAUCAGUGACUUUUAAAUUAUUGUUAUUUAACUAAGAUAGUAAUUAUUAUAUCCUCCAUCCCCAUAGGCUCCCGGGCUGUGGCUCUUCUCUCUGACCUGCCCCAGGCCCAGUCAAGCCCAUCUGGGAUGUCCCUCUUUCCCAUGUCCCCUGUCCUCUUUCCUACCCUGCUUGCUGUGUUUGAAACCACUAAAUCAAGGUGAUGCUGGGAAAGAAAUGAAGCAAGAGAGCCUGGCUACAGCCUUAGAAGCUUCUGGAAGCCCAUUUCCCCAGCCUUAAUUUUUAGGGGUGGGGCAGAGCCACUUGGUGGCCCCUUCACUGCACCUUCCAGGCAGGUGGCCAAGCGUCUGGGUCCAUGGAUGCUGGUUCUGGGGCUGUUAGGUUAGUGCGGUGGGCAUGGCUGAUGGAGGCAGGGCCAGCCUUUUGAAGGUCUAUGUCAUGAGGACACCCUUGGGGAGGGAGGAAGGGAGAGCCACGUACAUAGUGCUGGCAUCUCUGCAGGGGAAGGGUGGCAACCCUGAGCUGGUUUGGCUUGAGCGUGUGUGCGUGUGUGUGUGUGUGUGUGUGUGUGUGUGUGCAUUGAUCAUGUGAGUGUGUGCAUGCUGUACUGGUGUGGUCAGUGUCCAGCCAGGCCAUGUUCCCCUAUAGUGUGGUGCCUCUUCAGCUCCCAGAAAUACCAACCCUAGCCACUCAGACUCCUUCAGGUGGGAACCCUAGUGGGUGUGAGCUGGGGGCGGAACGUGAGGAGCAGGAACUACUGAGCAAGGAGCAGCUCCCUCGGACCCCCAGGGUCCAGGAUACCCAAGGGGAGGGGUGAGUUUUCAAAGAAAACCUAUUUAUGUGGAUGUGGGUCUCCAUCCCUCUCAGAUAGUGUAAAUAGCAAAGUUUAUUCUCCUGUGGUUCACAUGACAGCCCACCAGUGAACGCCACAUCCUCAUGAGGUGUGUGCAGUGGCACGAGCGAGGUCGGGCUGGGGAUCGGGUGGCUGACAGGCAAAGGGGUGCACCCUAUUCUUCCCAGAUGUCUGCACUAAUGGGUGCCACGUGGUAUACUUGGUUUGACUCCCCCCCCCCCCCCGCUGCAGACUGGAUGGAGCCCAUCCUGGUUGUAUCUGGGUUAGAGGAAGGGUAUUUUUAUGGCAUACCACAUUUAGCUCUAUGUCCUCAAUAUUCAGAAAAGUAUUUUUUAAAACAAGGCAGACUGAAAAUGUCUGCCGGCUGGUUUGUUUCUCUAUAAAUAUAUAUAUUGAAAUGUCUUGCUCAAUGAAGAAGCAACUCUCCCGCAGGCUGGAGCCUCUGUUUGAACCUGCUUCUCUUCCACGGGGCAGUGGAGUGAGCUGGAGUCUCUCGUGGCGCCGGUCACCCACUCCCACCGGCUGCUGCUGGCCCGGCAGGGGCGAUGGACAUGCGGGGAAGCUGACUUGGUGUGGAGUCUUGUGCAGCCUGUGAUCUCUCUACCUCAUCUGUGUGGCGCGUAGGUGUGUACCUGAGUGACUGCGGAGAAUGUAUUUAUUUAACAGCUUUGUGUAACAGAACCAGAAACAAAUGGAAACACUAAAUAAAUGUAUUUUAAAUUAUAGUGAA